AAGGAUGCCAGAGUGCUCCGCCAGUGCUUGUACGGAAGCAGGCAGGGGACGUCGGCUACACGUUGUUACUGAUGCUUCACGGUUCUGAGCAGCCUUCCAACUUUGAAACAUAAUUUUUAUGCAUGUCGACCCAUCUCGAUGCAAGUUAAGUGUGAUGUUUUGGCUGCGUGUUGUCAAAUCCCCCUCAUCACCACCACCACUACCACCGACACAGCCUCUCAGGGGUGAUGGGCUCGAAGUUAUCCAGACAGAGAAGUCUCGAUUUGGAGAGCAAAUUGUCAAAAAGAAGGCAUCACAGAAAUGAUGCUCCCGGCGAGAACGAAAGAAGUGACAACAGAGGCAACAGAGACUUUUUGUUUACCUCCUUGAUGCUCAAGUCCGACAAGCUGCCGGGGCUGCUGCGGAAAACCAACCAGAGCCCGUAUGUCAGACGGGUGGCUUGGGUCCGGGAGAUCCAGAGGCUUCUCCGGGAGCAGAAAAUGGAGCAAGCGGGUGAAGUGUUGAAACUGCUAAGAAAGGAUUUGGGACUGCAGGGAUCGUCCCUCAAUGACAUUUUGUACAAGAAUGCAUCUUUUCUCAACCUGGUGGACCCCAUCUCUCAUGAGCUGCUGCUCAGUCUUGCCCGGGACCUGCAAUGUCCAAAAAGGGAGACUGAAUCGCUUAAGUCGACCAACAAGAUAUGUCGACAACUGAUUUACCACUUAACCCCUCACUCCAAGUGGACGAAACAGAGCGUGCCCAGGAGGAAGUCUCAGGCCUGUCUGAAGACCACCUUGAAGAAGAAACUAUCAGGGGAUGUUGUAAAUCUGUCAGGAAUCCCACUAUCUGGACGCGACGUCCACCGUGUGGCUUUCUACCUUCAGAACAGCAGUGAUGUGGUGUCGGCCGUGGACCUGAGCUUUACCGAGCUGCAGGAUGAGAGCUUACGGCUGCUGCUGCCCUACCUGAGCAGCCUGCCAAAACUGACCACGCUAGCUGUCAAUGGCAACCGCCUGACAGUCGCUAUCCUGAAGGACGUUACAGAGGCAGUGAAGGAUCCCAAAACAUUUCCCUGCUUGGCCUGGAUUGACCUGGGCAACAAUCUCGACAUCUUCACCAUCCCACAGCCACUACUUGUGGCCCUGCGCCGCCGCUUUGGUUUACGCAGCAGCCUCCCAACUAUUUAUGAGUACAGUGAGGCGCAGGCAUUCAGUACCUACAACCCAAACAUGGAAACCUCGGUGGAGGAGCCCAGUUUGUAUGAAGAGGGAGAUGUAGAGGAAGACGAUCGAGAGGAGGAGGAGGACAGACUAGAGCUUCAAGCCUGGGGAUUUGAAGAAAGAAACAUGUCAAAAAAUGUGGCACUCCACUUCUGUGCGAGGUGAUUGCCCAGGAAUUCCUACUUUUAGACUGGCAGCCUCUUAUAUCCCUAAGUCUAGCCUGCUCUGUAAGCUGGUGUCAGUGUGGCAGGAGAUGCUGACGUUGACCCACACAUUCCUGAAAAUAACUUGAGCAACUGUGUUGUGUGCCCCUAUGGAUGCUCUGACGACUGCAGGCAGCUCUGUAGUUGAACAACCAGCAAGAAUUCAUUUAUGGACGGAUUUCACAUUUAUUUAUCCAGGGAAUUUUAGCUGGACAGGCUUCUUGUUUUCCAGAGCAACAUAUUUCUGUACC